ACCCGUGUUUACUUCUCACCAACAUUUUUAGUUCGAACAUAACAGUAGUAACACAUAUCUUUAGUGUAGUUUUUGGGGGGGACACAAACGCUCUAAAAAGAAGAUGGAAAUCUUUUCAAAUGACAUCUCGCGAUAUCAAAAUGCUCGCUGGCGGUAAUGUUACAAAACAUGUUUGGUAACAAGCAUGCUGUCGAAGAAAAGUGGUCGUGACAAGCGCCAUCUCACGCUCUCGAAGCAAAACGCCUGCAUAGAUAACCUCGCAAUUUAUGCGAAUUACAAUUUAAAUCAAGUUUAAGCAGCAGUAGUGACGUCUUAUUUCCUGGUUCGAGGUAAGUCCUUAAAGUCCCUGCUAACAUUUAUUCCUCAGUUUCCAAAAAACGAUUGAAAAAAACGUUACGUUUCACACCUCCCAACAGCAGCCAACACGUCUGGAUAUUUUGCAUUGUGCUUAAUAUGUACGUCGUCUAAGAAUGAAAGAGUUCAAGCUGAGGAUGUACCUGAAAUUCUUACUGGCGUCGUUGGGAUCUCAUCUGAAACACAAAUGAACAAAAAAUGAUUCGGUUAAAUAACCACGCUGUGGCAAUUAUGAGCUCCACAAAAGACCGUUCAAACCAAACUCCAGUUAGUAAAAGCUUAGUGCGCACAAUCUUAUGGCAUCCCAUACAAAUUAUAUUACAACGUUCAGAUUUUCAAUAAUAACGAUGCUUAAUUACUGCUACUUUCAAACUUCUCUAGUAUGCAACCGUGUGUCCAGACGAUGAAGGAAAUUUUGUAAAACCCGGCGCUUUAUAAUUUGUAAAAAUACCACUUACUGAUUUUCUAGUACCAUUUUUACUUCCGACUCGGUGAUACGUAUCAUUUUAAAUACAUAUACAGUCUUGCAAAUUUCUCCUUAUUUGGGCAUCCACCCUCCCACACACUGAGCACCCUUUUAAACAGAGUGAGCAGUGCAGUUGCACUGACGUGUAACAUGAUUGAGCCACUGUUUGUGUGCAGUUUCAUAACAACUGACUGAAUCGCAACAACGAUGCCUGAAGGACCCGAGUUGCACCUGGCCAGCCUUUUUGUGAACAAAAUGUGUGAGGGGGUGCUGUUUUCUGGCCCGGUCAGAAAGUCUGAGGUCAGCAAGAGCCCCGACGUGGCAUUCGCCUGCGAGGCGUACCGCAUCAGUGCCACUUCCAGAGGGAAGGAAGUGAAGCUCACGCUGACGCCAAUUGAGAGUGAUGACACAAAGGCCAAAGAGGCACAGCAGCCCAUGGACAUUGUGUUUCGCUUUGGCAUGUCAGGCUUUUUCCGUUUCACCGCGGAGGGCGAGCUGCCCAAACAUGCCCAUUUGUGCUUUUAUUCGAAAGAAAAGCCUCGCAGAGUGCUCAGCUACGUGGACGCACGCAGGUUCGGCAGCUGGCAGCCACAUGGAACCUGGCAGCCUGACAGAGGGCCUUGCGUCAUGUUUGAGUACAAAAGCUUCAGGGAGAAUGUGGUGACGCACCUGUCUGACCGUGCCUUUGACCGGCCCAUCUGUGAAGUCUUGCUCAAUCAGAAGUACUUCAAUGGCAUCGGCAACUAUCUCAGGGCGGAGAUCCUUUACAGGUUAAAAAUCCCACCCUUUGUACCUGCCCUCACCGUGCUUGAAGGUCUUGAGUCAGAGGAUGCUUGUGAAGACGAGAAGCCUGUGAAGAAUGACAUUUUGAACCCAAAGGCUGCGAGGACAGCUCAAAAGAUUCAAGUGAAAGACGAGAGCGCCGACCUGCUCAGGCUGUGCCACACAGUUCCUCUGGAGGUGAUCCAUUUAGGUGGGAAAGGCUACGAUCCGGAGAAGGCCAACUACUCUGACUUUGAGGCCUGGCUGCAGUGUUACUAUGUGGACGGAAUGAAGUCCAUGCGUGACCACAACGGCAGGACUAUAUGGUUCAAAGGCGAUCCAGGCCCCAUGGCUCCCAAAGAUUCUAAAUCACCAAAGGCCAAAAAGAGAACGAAAAAAGAGGACGAUCAUGAUUACACCAGCAUGAAAAAGGGGGCCAGGACACAAUCGGAAACCACAGCGUCAAAAACAGUCAAAAAGAAAAUCAAAGCGGUACAGACAAAAAAGCACGUGCCACAAAAAGAAGCCACACCUCGAAAAACUGUAAAAUCCUUGAAAAUGGACACACCACUUCGUGAACAAAAGCCACCUGCAAGGAGGAAGACGACAGAGCCAGCAGGUUCUCUGAGGCGUAGCAGUAGACUGACGAGACAAAAUGUGAAGUAAAAACAAAAAGGAGGCCGUCACUGGAUUUUGAAACACUAUUUUAAUUUUUUUGUAUCUUUUUAAUAAUAAAAAACAAUUACAAUUCA